CCGACUAGAAAAAGUUUAACCGGCGAACUUGACGGGCUUCGGCUGAAGCGCAGCAUUUCCUCAACCCAGGCUUUGCUCUUGGGGUUAAAGUAGUUAUCACUCUUGCUUAGUGGUCUCUUCGUGUAGCAUAAAUGCCGAAACGUUCGCCUAAAGCCCUGGGGUUUGACGCCUGCUGCGUCUGCGUUCAUUGCUAGGCGAUGGACAGGCGACGUAUCCUAGUAAGCGUCGAAAAGCCUGUUGUCCUGCGUGAAGUGAUCCGGAGAAGAAAGAAGGCCAUCAGCUCGUCCUCCAGCACCUCCAUGGACCAGAUCACAGUUGAGUUUGUCCUCCCCACUGCCACGUGGGGCGGCAAUCCUGAUAGCCUGCAGCUGGAGGUGGCUGGGAACUGGACUGUGGAGCAGGUGAAAGCUCAGGUGUGGUUGAAGGCCGUGACGUCAAAUUUCUGUCCCGAGUUCUACCAGCGAUUUUGUCCGGAUUACUGUAUCCUGCUGUACCAGAAGAAGGGAAACCUGUGUGAGAUCUACGACAAGCACCAGGUCUUCCAGACGCUCGACUGCAUUCGCUACUGGAGAGCCCUGAAAAAGGAAGUGGGGAAGAUACAGAUGGUGCCCCGUCCGCAGCCUUCCGAGGAGUCCCUGCACUACCAGCGCUACUUGAACUACCUGAUCGGCUACGACGUCACUGACGUCAGCAACGUGCACGACGACGAGCUGGAGUUCACGCGCAGGAAGCUGCUGACGCCGCGGCGCAUCGAGCUGUGCGACCGCGACCCCAAACUCUACUCCAUGGACCCCUGGGCGACCCACAAGCCCGUGCCUGAGCACCUGCUCAACAAGGUCACUAACGGACACAUACUGGUGGUGAUCCACAUGAGCACGGCCAGUCAAACCAUCAAGGUCUCUGUUGACGAUACACCGGCUCAGGUGCUGACUAACUUUUUUAACAAGAUAGCCAAUAAAAGAGUCUUAUUGGGCAUCCCCGAUAAUGUGUGUGAUGCAGACUAUGUGCUACGUGUUUGUGGAAGAGAAGAGUACCUGUAUGGGGAGAAACCACUGCAGAGCUUUAACUGGAUCCGUCAGUGUCUGAAAAAUGGAGAAGAGAUCCACUUAGUUCUGGAGACGCCGCCUGAUCCUGAACUGGAUCUGGUCAUGAAGGAGGACUGGGCCCAGGUAGACGACUGUACUGGAGUUGCAGGUACCCACGAGCAAUUGACCAUCGAUGAAAAGGACCACGAACGUGUGUUCACCAUCUCCAUGUGGGAUUGUAACAGGAAGUUCAGAGUGAAGGUGCUCGGUAUCGACAUCCCCACGCUUCCCAAGGUGCCGGAAUUUAUCGUCUUCAUAGAGGCCAGCAUCUUUCACGGCCAGCAACUUUUAGCUCAGGAAAGAACGACCUCCAAAACCUUCAAUGAGGAAGUGCUGUGGAACUGCUGGUUGGAGUUUAACAUCAAAAUCAAGGACCUGCCCAAGGGGGCACGCCUCAACCUACAGGUGGUUUGUGGCAAGCAACCACAGACUCCAAACUCCAAGGGAGUCUUCUACCAGGAUUAUACUUCAGGAGGCUGCAUUGAUGGGAAAACCAAGAGCCGCCUCCUCUACUACGUCAACCUGCUCCUGAUUGACCACCGCUCCCUGCUCCGCCAGGGCGAGUUCAUCCUCCACAUGUGGAAAAUGCCCGAGAAGAGUGAGGAGAGCAGCAGCAGCAUCAACGCCGACAAGCUCACGUCCGCCACCAACCCGGACAAGGAGUCGUCCAUGGCCGUCGCCAUUCUCCUGGACAAGUACUGCUACCCGGUGGUGCUGCCCAAGAGCCGGGACGUGUGCCGCGACGCGGGAGUGGCGGGGGAGGAGGCGGAGCUGGGGGAGCGGGGUCAGAGAGAGAUGCCCAACCACUUAAAGAAGCAGUUUGAGGCCAUUGUUGCCACUGACCCGCUGCAUCCACUCAGCCCUGAGGACAAAGAGCUGCUGUGGCACUUCAGACACGAGUGUAUGCGUGACCCCAGGGCGUACCCCAAGCUGCUCGGCUCGGUCAAAUGGGGCAAGCAGGAGGAUGUCCUGGCGAUCCACCGCCUGCUGGAGCGCAGCAGUGCGUGGGACAGCAGCGGCCUGGACGUUGGCCUGGCCAUGCAGCUGCUGGACUGUCACUACUCGGACGCUCAGGUCCGCUCGAUGGCCGUGAGGAAGCUGGAGACCCUGGAAGACGACGACGUGCUCAGAUACCUCCUGCAGCUUGUACAGGCAGUCAAGUUUGAGCCCUACCAUGACAGCGCUCUGGUCAGGUUCCUGCUGAAGAGAGCUCUGAGGAGCAAACGCAUAGGUCACUUCCUCUUUUGGUUCCUGCGCAGUGAGAUAGCCCAGUCGAUGCAUUACCAGCAGAGGUAUGCCGUCCUCCUGGAGGCCUACCUCAGAGGCUGCGGCGAAGCCAUGCUGCAGGACUUCAGGAAGCAAGUGGAGAUGACUGAGGCUCUGCAGAAAGUCACCCGCGAGAUCAAGGCCGUGUCUGCUGAUAAAUAUGAUGUCACUGCUCAAGUGGUGUUUCAGUUGCGCCAGAAGCUAGAGACUCUGCAGUUGUCUGGUCUGCCAGAGAGCUUUAGAGUCCCGUAUGAUCCUGGACUGAGAGCUGGAGCCCUGGUGAUCGAGCAGUGUAAAGUGAUGGCCUCCAAGAAGAAGCCGCUGUGGCUGCAGUUCAAGAGAGCCGACCCCACCACACUGUCCAAAGACCCCAUCGGCAUCAUCUUCAAAGACGGCGAUGACCUCCGACAGGACAUGCUCAUCCUGCAGAUCCUUUUGAUCAUGGAGUCGAUCUGGGAGACGGAAUCGCUGGAUCUCUGCCUGUUGCCGUAUGGCUGCAUCUCCACUGGAAACAGAAUAGGUAUGAUUGAGAUUGUGAAGGAUGCCACCACCAUCGCUAACAUCCAGCAGAGUGUUGUGGGAAGCACUGGAGCCUUCAAAGAUGAAAUCCUUUAUCAGUGGCUGCGAGACAAGUGUGUCAGCGAGGACAAGUUCCAGCAGGCAGUGGAGAGGUUUCUGUAUUCCUGCGGUGGCUACUGUGUGGCUACAUAUGUCCUGGGAAUCGGGGAUCGUCACAACGACAACAUCAUGAUCACUGAAUCUGGGAAUCUCUUCCACAUCGACUUUGGCCACAUCCUGGGGAAUUAUAAGAGCUUCAUGGGAAUCAGCAAGGAGUGGGUUCCCUUUGUGCUCACGCCUGACUUCCUGUAUGUCAUGGGAACUUCGGGAAAAAAAAGCAGCCCCCACUUCCAGAAAUUCCAGGACGUGUGCAUAAAGGCUUACCUCGCUCUUCGGCACCACACCAACCUACUCAUCAUCCUCUUUUCCAUGAUGCUGAUGACUGGCAUGCCCCAGCUGACCAGCAAGGAGGACAUUGAAUACAUCCGUGAGGCGCUGACUGUUGGCCGCAGCGAAGAUGAGGCACAGCGCCACCUACUGGACCAGAUAGAGAUCUGCCGGGAAAAAGGCUGGAUGGUUCAAAUAAACUGGUUUGUGCACCUGGUGCUGGGCAUCAAGCAGGGUGUGGAAAAACGAUCGACUUAGUACGAAAUCAGGGUAAAUUAAGAUUUUUUAAAAUGAAUUUCACUAUUUUUAUUCGUUAAAUUAGAAAAAACUUACACCCAAGUCUCUUAAAAAAACAUUAUGCCCAAACUAAAUUAAAUGAGUUAUCUGUAAAUUACGUUAAUGAGAUCAAAAGCGGAAAAUAUACCCUGUUGACGGAUUUCUCUUUAUGGAACAAGUUAGACAAGCACAAAAAAAAUUAUAUUUUUUCUUUUUUAAAAUUUUUUAAGUUUUGCUUGAAUUACCUUCAGACCAAUCUUCAAGUUUUUGCCCGCCAAAAGUUUCCUGUACUCUAGUUUUUAACACAAGGCAUAAAAACACAUCCACAGAGUAAGAGUGCAAUUUAAAAUGGAGAAAAAGACGGUAGAUUGUUACACAGGAAACAAAGCAUUUUGAAUUUGUCUGAAGAAAAGGGCUUGAGAAUAAAUUACUGCUACAGCUGUAACUGUAGGUCAUUUCAUUUUUAAAAAUACAAUUGCUGCAUCUACUAGAAACCCUUUUCUAAUUAGAGAACAUCUGUAGUUUGACUGAUUCUUGUUUCUACUUUAGAUUUAGGAUUUGUACAUGAUUAGAAAUGCUUUAAUAUUUAACAACUAGAUAGUACAUACUGUAAUAAUAUAAAGAAAAAGUGAAUUUCUUUGGUUUCUGUUGGUCAAAUACUGAAAAUAAUAUUGAUGUAUUCUAUAUGUAAGGCUUUAUUUGCACUAAAUGUUUAUUAGUUUAACUUUCUUAAACAUGAACCUUACGUUAAAAGUUUCAUAUUGGACUAAUGUAAAAGGAAAGACGCACAGUUGCCAUUAUGCAUGCUACAGCAGCAUAUUUGGAACAUGCUGGUCAGUGCUAUAGCUGCAGACUGGUGAGUGGGAAUAACACAAGUUUUUUUAGUCUACUACCGUUCCUUAUGUGAUUAAGUGAUUAAGGAUGCUGUAUAUAACUUAUUGCCGGCAAUCACAGCAAUAGCUGCAAAUAUAUUAAACUUAAGAAGGAAGAUUUUAGGUUUGGGCUGAAAUCACUGUCUGUCAUAGAUUGUGGAUGACGAGAGAGAGGAUUCAGUUCUUUGUCAUAUAUCCUGACCAUUUGACCCUUCUAACAUGGAGCUAAAAAGUACAACAACCAUCAGUAUUACAAAAAUAAAGGUGAUUAUUUUAAACUUCUCGUCAUUUCAAUAAUGUUUGUGUUCAAUCUUAUCUUAACUGACUGUUAAAUGUGAGACGACUGAAACAUCUUGGCUUCUCUGUGUAACACUUUCACACAGUUAAAGUGUUUUUCUUUAUCACA